AUGAUGCAUCCUGUUGCCAGCACUAAUCCGGCUUUCUGUGGGCCUGGCAAGCCAUCCUGCCUUAGCGAAGAUGCCAUGAGAGCUGCCGAUCAGUUUGACAUAUAUUCCUCCCAGCAAAGCAAAUACAGCCACACAGUCAGCCACAAGCCAAUGGUUUGUCAGAGGCCAGACCCAUUAAAUGAAACGCACUUGCAGACUACAAGUGGCAGAAGCUUAGAGAUAAAAGAUGAACUAAAGAAAAAGAAAAAUCUCAAUCGAUCUGGUAAGCGUGGCCGGCCUUCUGGAACCACCAAAUCCGCAGGAUACCGGACCAGCACAGGCAGACCCCUGGGAACCACCAAAGCGGCUGGAUUUAAGACAAGUCCAGGCAGACCUUUGGGCACAACCAAAGCUGCGGGAUACAAAGUCAGCCCAGGGAGACCUCCAGGAAAAAAGCAGCAAGCCUUCAGGUGUUCCAGUGAUGCCUGA